AUUUGUUCUUAAACAUUCAGGAUUUACGAGCGUUCGUCGAAAGAGAUCGAUGCAAAUUCGAAGCGGGAAUGCGCUCGCAUCGAUGCGAUACUCUGCGAUACUGUGCGAUACUCGCAAAACAACUUGUCGAUAUGCAAUUAUGCAAGUUGCGCGCGCAUUGUUAAGUGCGCUGGCAAGGAGGUUAAGUCGGCUGGUCGCUGGAUCGCGAGCGGUGACGGUGAGAAUAGAACGAGAGGAAUCGAUCGUUGGCACGAUCGAUACGAGCCCCCUCGGUGCAUCCGUGAUUCCACAGUGCCGGUGGAAGUCCAAAGCCCAAUUUUAGGACCGUCCGCGACACUAUCUUGGAUCUCGGACUCUUCCGCGACAGUUCCGACGAUCCACGGUCCACGGUCCACAUAGCAACUAAAACUCGCUGAUAAGUGAUAAGUGCACGUGUGUGUGUUCGCUAUCGACAUGUCUCUACGCCGGAGAAGCGAUCCGUCUAUGAUUCAGCGGAUUUGGGACACGAUCAAAAUCACGGUACAUCAAAGGAGCUUACCUAGCAAUGAUCGCAUGGUACGGCACAUGGCUCGAGUUUACGGUUUUACGGAACAAGAGGCUCAGGAGGAGCUCAACAAGGCGGUCGAGGACGGGCUCGUCCUCUUGAAGAAAGUGCCCACGAAGAAUGGCGUCGAUCAAGAGAGUUAUAGAUUACCGCCGGUAGAUGUAUCGCAGAACGAUACUCACGAUACUCACGAUUGGUAUUGCUACAAGUGCCAACGAGCGGGCGUGCUCGAAUGCUGCGAACAGUGCUGCAGAGUCUAUCACUCGGAAUGCCAUGUAUCCAGCAUCGCCAAGUUAAAGAUUUGCAGCUUCUGCGAGAAAAUCAACGGCGACGUAUACCCCGACAAGAUUGAUCUCAACCAUAUUCUUAGUUUCACAUGUGGCCAUCUAAAGGCGAAAUUACCGCCGGAAAUUACAAAUCGCACCAUCGUUUUCAACAAUGAUCCAAUCGUCACACCACCCAACGGCUUUUCAGGACCAACCUGGGUGAGCGAGGGUGAGGACGCGUGGCGACCAGGAAUUCUCAUAAAGCGUCACAUGGAUCUGGCGAUAAUGGACGCGAAAACGAACAACAACGAAUAUAACAGUCUUGCCGAAUUUGAGGCUGAUGCACAUAAUAUUCUGCAUAACAUCAUAAUAUAUCACGGAGUUAGCAGCGUGAUAGCGGACAUGGGACGCACCAUGUAUCAAGACUGUUGUUACGAUCUUCAAGAGAUACGUCGUUGCGCGGAUUGUUAUCGUAUAUCGAACGAAAAAUCUGAAAAAAUGUGGUUCUGUAUACCGUGUAAUCCCCCUCAUCAGUUGGUCUACGCGAAGCAAAAGGGAUAUCCAUAUUGGCCGGCGAAAGUCAUGCAAGUCAAUGGCAAUGUGUACGACGUGCGUUUCUUCGGCGGUCAUCACAUGAGGGCUAAUAUCGAGAAAGUUUUUAUUCGCUCGAUCUCUUCCACAUUACAAAGCUUGCAGAUAAAAAAAUCAACAGCUUGGAACAGAGCUUUUGAAGAGUUGAAGCAUCAUCAGAAUUUGUUGCAAAAGAUGGGAAAGAAUAAGGAAGAUAACACGAUAGAAAAUCCUACUCCUGCGAAAAUACGAAAGUUGGAAUCGUCGAGCUCGCGGAGUCCUUCGUCGCAUAGUUCUAAUUUGCCUGCAAAGCAAUUGAUUAAAGAUUUGAGAGUAAGAGUCGAACGCUUGAGUUCGGACGGCAAUACUGAAACGCAAAAUGUGAACGACGAGACGGAUAAUAAAGAAGACACUGCGAAAACUAAUGCCGAAAAUGAAGAAAGACAAGUGCCUCAUUUACCCGUGGCGGAAGAUGAACCCGCGGGAGAAAGCAUAACGAGCACGUGUCCGCAAGGUUUAAAGAAGGAAGGCUCUCAAGAGGACAUGGUUACAUCUAGUUGCCAAGAGCCGAGAUCGAAAUGCGUUCUCGUACAAACUGAACAAAUGCAAACGGAUGGACUCCCCGCCAAGAUCAAGAGAGAGCGCAGAACUUCGGAACAACCAACGACAACGGCGCUAGAAAAAUUGCGCCGUGAAUUAGAGCUUGAAAAAUGCAGAGAAUUAGAGAGACUACAAGCGGAGCAUGCCAAAGAAUUGCGGCAAUUAACCGAUAGACAUCAACAAAUCGUCUCUGACAUCAAAAAGAAACAAUGGUGUUAUAAUUGCGAAGCUGAAGCGAUAUAUCACUGUUGUUGGAAUACUGCAUACUGCAGCACAGAUUGUCAACAGGUUCACUGGCAGCGUGAACAUAAAAGAGUGUGUAGACGUAAGCGCUAAUUCAUAUGAUGAGUGCAAUGAGUACAAUAAUGUAAGAAAGCGUUCAACAAAAAUUAAAAAAAAAAUAUAUAUAUACUAUUAAUAUAUAUUUUAUGUAUAAUAUAUAUUAAUAUAUGUAUAAGAUAUAGGUGUGCAUGCGUGUGUGUGUGUGAUGCGUGCGCGCGCGCGUUCAUAUGCGUAUAAAGAUACAAACACCAGUGAAAAAGAGUUUCGUUCUUUCUAUUUGUCUAUCUAGACGCUUUAUUUUGCACAUCUAUUGUUGUAUAUAUAUAUAUAUACGAGCGUACGCAUGUUGUGUGUGUGUGUGUAUGUGUGUGAACGUGUGCAUUCUGUGUGUAUGUAUAUAUACAGAAUACUGCAAUUAGAAAUGAAGAGAAACAGUUCACUUGUUCAAUAGUUUCCCCCUGGAUUGAAAAUUUUUAAGAAUUUUGCGAGAUAAUUUUGAGAAAGCAAGUAAAAUUCAAUUAUUUGAUUUAAAUUAAUUGAAAACUCCAAAGAAUAAAAAUGUAUUUAAAAUAGGCUGUAUGUAUACAUAUACAUGUACACAUAUCAGAGGAUAGUCUGUAGAAGCACAUUAAUAUAUUCUUGACACCAAUUUGAUAUGCCUUUGCAAACUUCCUUCAGGAAGGACUGUUAUAUAUACAUGCAGAUCUUAAUCUUGAAAGACUAUUUUUACUUGUAUCAAGCAACGUAACAAAAUAGUUUUUACCUAAUCAUAGUUUUAUACUUAUUGAUAUUUAUAUAUUUAGGCAAUCGAUUCUGGAAAAAAAUGAUUACAAGAUUAUAUGCAUGGAAAUAAUUCAUAACAAGUACGCAUAGACUUAUUCAUUUUUUUCAUUAUUUUUUUUUUUUAGAUAAGUUUUUGUUUCAUAUACAGUAUAUUAAUAACAGAGUUUUACAUACUUAUGUCUAUUAAUGAUAAUAUGAACAAAUGUAUAUUGUUAUUCAGUUAUUAAUUACCAGUUAUUCAUCAUGUUUAUCUUGAGAUGUUAUCUCUUUAUAAUUUUCAUUUUUAAUUUUUAUCAGACUGAAAUGUAAUUUCCUUGGAAACGGAAGUCACACAGAAACAUCGAUAUAUUUAUUUCAUGAUUCACAUAACAAUAUUGUGAACAAUAAACAAGAUGCCUUCAUAUAUGUUUUAUCUAAUGUGCACUAUAAAAUUCUAAUUUGAUGUAGCUGUUGUACUAGAUCACAGUAAAUACUUAAAUAACAUAAAAUAAUAUAAAUAUUUAUAUAUUAAAAAUUGCAUAAAAGCUACAUACAUAUGUUUCUAUACUAUUUGUAUUUGAUUAUUGGUAUAUAAUAGAGAGAACUACUUCCUCUUUGUAUCAAAUAACAAUUGCAAUAUUAUCGCGCUGUUACCGCAAAAUCCAAACAAGUUUAAUUGCACAGUACAUUUUAAUUUGUAGCAAUGUGUUUAGUUUGAAUGCUAAUGGUAUCAAAACUUUGUCAAAUUUCAAGUUGUAAAAACUUGAAAAAAAAAAAA